AUGUUUGCGGGAGACCCACUGCCGCAGCUCUUCGCUCUCGUCCCGAGCGGCGACGCGUCCUUCUCCUUGCCUUCGAAACUCGACAGUGUCGAGCCGAGCUUCGCCCUCCCGCCUCUCGACGAGGACGCGCCGGGCAUAGAGCGUCUACUGGGGACUCUUGGGAGAGAGAGUGUUUCUUCCUGGGACUCGGUUCCUAGGAAGAAUCCCGCCUCGCCUCCCAACGUGGAGGAACAUGAUCAACACAUACAUUACAGUAACAUUGAGCCGCCUCGCACGCUGCCUGACGAUAUUUGGGCUCAGGCUGCUGUCCCAGAAGCAGGACCUAGUCGAAAGACCUUCAAUAUCCACACUUGGGACGAAGAGCCAACAUCUGCGAGCUUCCUCUCCGAAGCGCCGAAUGACGCGUUCGAGUCGCUGCUCAUCUCGUCUGAGCCCCCUAUCCAACUUCCCAAACUCCGCACCCCUAGCGUCCCACAACCCGUGGACGCGCGCGCGCUGCUCGACCUUAUGAUGCGCGCCACCCUCGGAACAGCCAUGACGGACACGCUGCGGUGGAGUCGUAGAGGUGGCAAGUUUGUGUAUUCUGACAAUGGCGCGCGACCUGUCGGUAUGGAACGGAAGACUGCCAACGACCUCAUGGACGAGUUCCUCACGAUCGGUACGGCUGUGCGCCGCCUGGAAAUCAUUGUCGAGGAGCAUUCUGCAACACCGCUCACGCCCACUCACCACGCGCUCUUCUACUCGCUGUCAACCAUCCUGACGUUCAUGAAACAACGCCUCGCUGCGGCUGUCAAUUCAAGUCGCGAGGUAGAUGACGAAGGGGCAGCGCCUUGGCUCCGUCGGGUUCUCGACCUCGAGAAUGUGUACGAGCUCUCCAUGGCCCUCUGCGAGGUCAUGUGCUGGCCAAUCGAUCAAGCACGACCCGUUGGCUUGCCUGCACGGCCAGCAUCUGUGCUCACACACCUUUACUCACACCUACUCGCACAGCUCACCACCGCAACGGAGGAACAGCAGCGAGGUCUCAUCCCGCUCGCCCUUGCGUACCUGCUGCAGCAUGUAAGCCAGCCCUUCCUCGACCUCCUUCACUCGUGGAUCGGGUUGGCCGACUCGAGUCGUGCAGACGAGGACAAGGACCCAAACAGCCAGCCGUGGGCCGACCUGGGCAUCACCCGCUCGCCCCUUCCGGCUAUGGAGGGUAUCGAGAACCGCUGGGAGUACACCUUCUCUGCCAAGCGCAUGCCUGCGUUUGUGCCUCGAGAUAUACGGCGGACGCUCUUCGAGGCCGGCCGGUCACUGCGAGCCUUGUGCGAAGCGUCUGAUGGUCUCCACCCGCUCUGUGCUCGUGACUGGCAUCUGAAGGCCAAUUGGGGCUGGGGCUGCACCGAUGAUUUGUGGCGCGAGAUUGACCGUUGGCGUGGUGCCAGCUACAUUCGAAACCGCACCAUAUCGGCCUCGUCUGUGGGCAGCAUCCGCCAAGGCAGGAGACACCCACCAGAUGCCAUAUCUGUGGGAGGCUCGCCUACCACACACUAUGGCUCCCUCUCCUCGCUGCCAGACACACCUCCAAAGUUGAAGCCUGACAACAUAUGGGCAGUCUUUAGCCAGCCACCCGGCUCGCAGCUAUCACUGUUCCCCACACAAGGACAGGCCAACUCUGCCGCGCCAUUGUGGGCACCCACGCCGGUGGAGGAUCUUGAAGCAUUCAUCACCCGCCAUUCGGAUCCCAAGUACUCGCUUCUCCCGACCGACUCGCCGACGCUUGAGCUCUAUGUCUCUACCCACCUCCUCGCGCCCCUUCUCGCCCACGCGACCUUGAUCUCACGCGCUCUCAUUUCGCUUUACCUUGACGACCUUCACUUUCUGGACCACCUUGACGUCCUCCGCGCUUUCUGGCUGGGCGGUGACCCCGGUUUCGCGGAGCGCGUCGGUGCGGCAUUGUUCGGCAAGGGCAUUGCUGGUUCCGGGGAAGCUGUGGGUAUGGGCAAGCGAGCCCACACACGAGCGAGACUAGGUCUCGAUGACGGAUCAUCCCCUGGAUCUUCUGCCCCAUCGUCUCCUGCCCCAGAACGCACGAUCGACUGGGGUAUUGGUCUUGGGCUCGGUUUGUCUGACCGUAAGCGCUGGCCUCCAGGUGGUGCUGAGCUGGCGUAUGCUCUUCGCACAUCGCUCCUGGAUGAAGACGAGAUGGGUGGCCCCUCGCAGCGUGGCGCCGUUUGGGACGGUAUUGAGGACCGAGUGUCGUUCGCAGUGCGUGCCCUUCCCGAGGAUAACAAGGAUGGACCAAGAGCCAAGUGGCUCAAUCCUCAAGCCAUCGAGGCCCUCGACUUUCUUCACCUCGCCUACUCUCCGCCAGUCACCAUUGGAGCCCUGCUGCCCCCAUCCAUUAUGGACAAGUACCAGCUUAUCCACAACCUUCUUCUCCGUCUUUCGCGUGUGGACUCGGUUCUGCGCGGCCUGUACUUUGACAUUGUACGCCCCGUCCACCCGGCAGACGGCGGUCCCGUCAAGAGUGGCGUGGACGCCGGUUUCAACCGCCUUCCCUCAAAGGUGGGGCUACCAACUCGCCGCGCGUACAGCGUCUUUGAACCUGGGAGCGACGCAGAGCGCGCCGUUCUGUAUGCUCGCUACAGCAUGAGCUGGUUCGUGACCACGUUCUCGCACUAUGUUCUCGACACUGCAAUCGGGCAUAACUGGGACGUAAUGCGGCGCCGGCUUGACCGCCUGCGCCGACGCACCCACGGGUCUGCCGUGACCGACCCGGCCAGCCGACCAGUGACCCCGGGUCCUGAUGCCGAGGACGACGAGUACGACUAUCUCGACGACGAGCUGAGCGAAGCCGGAGGUGUAGACGACGACACUGGAGCAACACAGCUUGGAUCACUGUCCCAGCUGCAGUCGGCACACUCGCUGGUCGUCUACCACAACAUUAUUCUGAACCGGAUUCUCCGCGCCUGUCUGCUCAGUCCCCAGCCAGGACACCAGGUCACGUUCAAGAUCCUCAUGGCGCUGCUGGGUCUCAUUCUGGACCUGGGUAAAGUUGUCAAGGAGAUUGAGCGCGGGUCAGUCUCUGUCGAGGCGGGCGGAGAGGUGGUCAAGGGCAUCGCGAUCGACUGGGCCGACAAGCAGACCGUUUUCCUACAUGCCCUCGAACGCCUGUCGCUGCGUACCUCCAAGCAUGGCGCGGCCAUGGACGACGACGCGCCUGCGCAGGGGGGACAGGCGGACCUCCAACUUCUGCUCGAGGGCGAGCGGGACGUGGACGACGAGGCCAAGUCGGCUCGACCGGGCAGUGCCGAGCUGCAGGAACUGUUCUUGCGCUUCAAGCUCGGAGGAGGGGAGAAGCGUUCGGGAAGGUACAGGGAUUAG